AUGCACACACCAAAUACGUCAUCGCCUGCACCAAACAGCACAAAUGAGCCUCUGUCGAACUGUACCUCCGACUCACCAGACCCAGGCAGCCUCUCGCAACUCACGUCAGAAAUAAAGCUCUUGCGCGACGAUGUCGGUGACCUUAAAACCAAUAUUAAAAUGCUAACAGAUCUCUUGAUUCAAUGUAAUCAGCGAUUAGAACUAUCUGAGAAGAGAGUAACUGAGGCCGAAACCAAAAUCCAAUGCUUGGAGAAACAAGUUAACGAAAUACCGGUGCUAAAGGCCACAAUACAACAACUCAGCGAGCAAGUACAGUCUCAAGCUAAAUCCAACCUGAAGAACCAAGUCGAGAUAUUGGGCAUCAACGAAACUACUAACGAAAAUCCCGUACAUACGAUACUCACAGUUGCUAUGAAAUUAGGUGUUGAUCUUCAAGACACAGACAUCGACUUCGUAACCAGAACUGGCCCCCGCUUCAACAACAACUCCGAGAUAACUUCUAGCCCACGUCAAGAAAACCAGCCACGCCCUCUGGUUGUUAAAUUCUUACGACACAACAAACGUAAUGAAUUCCUACGUGCUGGGAAAACGAGACGCAACAUUUCUAGCGAAAAACUUGACGUACCAGGUCCAUCCAGAACCAUAUACAUCAAUGAGCGUCUCACUAAGGAGGACAGACAGUUAUUUCGCGCGGCCAGAUUACGCGCCAAAGAAUGUGAUUACAAGUUCUGCUGGAUUAAGAAUGGAACUGUUUACAUCCGCAAAAAGGAAGGAAACCCCGCCAUCACUAUUAAGACCAUGGAUGACCUGUUGCGGUACUGCCCCGCGACAACUGCACAAACAAGCGGCUGA